CGCCGGAAUAAUUUUUGUUGUCAAAUGGUGCCCGUAUCUCUUUACCGUUCGGUUCUUAACAUAGAAAUGCUGUAAAGCUCGAAAUGGAACAACUGAAAUUAUGCUGCCGCCGGUGAAUGCGGAAGGACAUUCUAUGCCGUAUAAUGGUAAUAUCUAGAAAUGUCGAUAAAAGCCUGAGAACCAUCAAAUCAAUUUUUGUUUGCAGCUGUUCCAAACGUCGUCCAGCAGAUUUGAUGGAGCGAUACGAGAAGGUGUCCAAGAUAGGCGAAGGAUCCUACGGAGUGGUGUUCAAGUGCAGGAGCCGGGACAAUGGUCAACUGGUAGCCAUCAAAAAAUAUGUGGAAACAGAAGAUGAUCCCCUCAUCAAAAAGAUAGCACUCAGAGAGAUUCGCAUGUUGAAGCAACUGAAGCAUCCUAAUUUGGUCAACUUAAUUGAGGUUUUCCGAAGAAAGAGAAAAUUGCAUCUCGUUUUCGAGUAUUGUGACCAUACAGUUCUAGACAUUUUGGAAAAACAUCCAAAAGGUGUUCCAGAACUGUUAACAAAAAGAAUCCUUUGGCAGACCCUACAGGCCAUUAACUUCUGUCAUCAGCACAAUUGCAUUCAUAGGGAUGUCAAACCUGAAAACAUACUUCUGACCAAAGACGGAAUCGUUAAACUCUGCGAUUUUGGAUUCGCUAGAAAUUUAAGUCCUGGCGAGAACUAUACGGAUUACGUGGCCACCCGCUGGUAUCGCGCCCCAGAACUGCUGGUCGGGGACACGCACUACGGUCCAGCCGUGGACGUGUGGGCCGUAGGCUGCGUUGCUGCCGAACUCAUACGUGGAGAGGCGCUGUGGCCCGGAAAAUCGGACGUCGACCAGCUAUACCUCAUCAGACGCACACUAGGUGAACUUAUUCCUCGACACAUGCAGAUUUUUAAGAAAAAUGAUUUUUUUAGUGGAGUUACUAUUCCAGAAGUAGACGUGAGAGAAACUUUAGAAAGCAAAUUUUCUCCUAACAUAUCGGAACAAGAAAUGGACUUUUUAAAGAAAUGCCUGGACAAGGACCCAGACAAGAGACACAGUUGCGAACAGCUCUUCCACCAUCCUUAUUUUGAUGGAUUCAACAAGUCUGAAUUCGACUAUGACAUUCUCUCUAACAGGUUUCGAAGAGACAAACUCAAGAGUGGUCAUUAUCAGAGUAUGCUUCCUCAACUCUCCACGAAUUCCUUAGGCUCCUCCACUGACCUGAGAUCCAGUAACGCCCGCUCCAUGAAAAAGUAUGACCCGCUCCCGAACAUUUGACAGAGCCCUCGCUCUAACAUCAAACUUGUGUUCUCCCGCGGCAAGAACAAGAAAUGUGUGUAAAUUAAAAACUGAAAAAGUGCUGCUUUUAUGCGUGCUCUUGUGUAUCAUAUGAAUAAA